UCCCUCAUAAGAGAGAUGCCCCAGUUCCCCAUUCAUCCUCAUUGCCCUCCACUGGACCCACUCCAGGAGCCAUGUCUCCCUUGUACUGAGGAUGCCAGGAGAACUGGACUUUGUAAUGAAACUACUGGAGGUACUGCAAAGGUCCUGUCUGGCUGUGGUGUCUACGAUGGCACAGAAAUCCAUGAGGCAUCAGCYGUACUGGUGCACCUGAGCCGUGGGGGAGCUGAGGUUCAAAUGUACGCUCCAGAUGUCCCUCAGAUGCAUGUCAUUGACCAUACUAAAGGGCAGCCAGCUGAAGCUGAGUCAAGGAAUGUUUUAGUGGAAUCUGCAAGAAUUGCUCGCGGUAAAAUUGCAAGCCUGGCGAAGCUCACUACAGCAGACCAUGAUGCUGUGAUAUUCCCYGGUGGAUUCGGAGCUGCCAAAAAUUUAUCUACCUUUGCUGUUGAUGGGAAGGAUUGCAAGGUGAACAGAGAAGUUGAACGAGUCCUGAAAGAUUUCCACAAAGCAGGCAAACCUAUAGGCCUGUGCUGCAUUUCCCCAGUGCUGGCAGCAAAGGUGCUCUCUGGUGCUGAAGUCACUGUGGGCCACGAAGAAGAGGAAGGGGGCAAGUGGCCUUAUGCUGGGACUGCAGGAGCCAUCAAAGAGCUGGGAGCAAAGCACUGUGUKAAAGAAGUCACCGAAGCUCAUGUGGAUACAAAAAAUAAGGUGGUGACCACCCCAGCAUUUAUGUGUGAAACAGCAUUGCACCAUAUCUUCGAUGGCAUUGGGGCGAUGGUAAAGAAUGUGCUAAAAUUAACUGGCAAAUAAAAAAAAAAAGAGGAUCAGAAAUGUUUUAAUUUAGGGCUCAGUAUCAAACAUAUCAUGGACCAAUGGAGACAUCUGCACCUGCUUGUCCUGUUCACACUCGAGUGAAUGCUGAUAUGAAGCUGAUUGAUUCCCAGCUGCAGGAUUUUCCAUGCCUUUUUGAAAAGCCUUACAGAGGACAAGAAGCCUGGCCUGAAACGCAGAGCUUUUUCUUGAGCUUUUCCAGCUGUAGAGAGCUUACUGGAUAUCUUCUGAAUCAAAGUCUUCMCAGCACACCAAUGUUAAACCAGUUCUAAGGGGGAAAAAGAGACUCAAGGCCCUGUCAGAAGCUGAGAGCAGAUGUGUUGUAGGGAUUUGGCAUGUGGCAGCAUAUUUGGUGGAUGAAGAAUGGGAUUAGAGAGGAAUAGUCCGUGAUUCCAGGUGUGUGUGCUCAGGCCURUGUCUGGGAACUAAAAGCCAGGAUCAUCUGUUGAAGGAAUAGACAUCUUCCAUAUCCUAAUUUAGCUCAGUAUUAAUGAAGAAAUUUUUUUGUUUCCAUUUCAAAGUCAUUCUGAGCACCAGUCAGCAGCAGGACACAAUUGCCAUAACAGUAGCACUUUGAAAAGUACAUCCAUUGGCCCAUUAUAGUUUCAAAAGGUCUUGAGGAAGAAAAUGUCCGCUGAUGUGACGCACAACUCUUAAGGGCAGCAUCUGUGUUACAGCAGUUGUAUGGCAAGUAGUGAAUGGAAAAAACAAUCUCAAAUUGUCCUAACAUCCCCUGCUUUAGGGUAAUAAGGCUUUCUCCAAAGAAGUAUUACUGAAUGUCUGGAAUAAUGAGGUAUAAAUAAAUAAAUUUCUGCCUUUA